UCACGUACUUUGCGUAAUAUUUCUCCGUUCAUGUGAAUGAGUGUUACGCCGCUGACGUAUCUGAGUUUUGCGGAAGUGGUAUCAAGGGGAAUGUAGGGCUGCCAAAGAACGAUCGGUUUCCAAAGCUGCACUUGAACAUUAAUAUUAUGGCACAGCAGAAGAAUCUGGAGGGAUACGUGGGCUUUGCAAGCCUUCCCAACCAAGUGUACAGAAAGUCUGUGAAGCGGGGCUUUGAGUUCACCCUGAUGGUUGUGGGAGAGUCAGGGUUGGGAAAGUCCACGCUGAUAAAUUCUCUGUUCCUAACUGAUAUGUACUCUGGAGAAUAUCCUGGACCUUCACACCGAAUCAAGAAAACAGUUCAGGUGGAGCAGUCCAAAGUGUUGAUGAAGGAGGGAGGUGUCCAACUUCUGCUCACGAUAGUGGACACUCCAGGAUUUGGAGACGCUGUGGACAACAGCAACUGCUGGCAGCCGGUCAUUGAUCACAUCGACAGUAAGUUCGAGGACUAUCUGAACGCAGAGUCGCGUGUGAACAGACGGCAGAUGCCGGACAGCAGAGUGCACUGCUGCCUGUAUUUCAUCGCACCCUCAGGACAUGGACUGAAACCUUUGGACAUCGAGUUUAUGAAACGGUUGCAUGAGAAGGUCAACGUCAUCCCACUGAUUGCCAAAGCAGAUACCCUGACACCUGAAGAGUGCCAACAGUUCAAGAAACAGAUUAUGCGAGAAAUCCUGGAGCACAAGAUCAAAAUCUAUGAGUUUCCAGAAAUGGAUGAUGAGGAGGAAAACAAGAUUGUGAAAACAAUCAAAGAUCGGUUGCCCCUGGCUGUGGUUGGAAGCAACACUAUCAUCGAGGUGAAUGACAAGAAGGUUCGAGGAAGGCAGUACCCAUGGGGAGUGGCAGAAGUUGAGAAUGGAGACCACUGUGAUUUCACCCUCUUAAGGAAUAUGCUCAUCAGAACCCACAUGCAGGACCUCAAGGACGUAACAAAUAACGUCCAUUAUGAGAACUACAGAAGCAGGAAGCUUGCAGCUGUUACCUGUAACGGAAUCGACAACAACAAUACCAGAGGCCAGCUCACCAAAGUUGACACGGUUGAAGGCAUGAGCCCUAUCGCCCAGAUGGAGGAGGAGAGAAGGGAGCAUGUGGCCAAAAUGAAGAAGAUGGAGAUGGAGAUGGAGCAGGUGUUUGAGAUGAAAGUCAAGGAGAAGAUUCAGAAGCUGAAAGAUUCAGAGGCAGAGCUGCAGCGGCGUCAUGAGCAGAUGAAGAAGAACCUGGAGGCUCAGCAUAAGGAGCUGGAGGAGAGACGACGUCAGUUUGAGGAGGAGAGAUCCACCUGGGAGACCCAGCAGCGUAUCCUGGAGCAGCAGAAAAUGACUUUGGAAAAGAAUAAGAAGAAAGGGAAGAUCUUUUAAAAUCUUUAAUGAUGCCCAGGUUGUUCUCAUUGGCCAAUCCCCCCUGACCUGAUAUCUGUGUAGCCUCAGACUUCAGAGGUCUGAUGGAGGCGUUCAAGCUGUUCGUGGACUUCGGCUAAAGCGUUUACCUUUGUGAAACUCAUUCUUAGGCAAGCCAAACCCAUACCAAUCUAAACGAAAUCUAGAAUGAAUUCAACUUACCAGCUGAUGUCUACACUUAUAUUGGCAAAAAUGUCUGACCUAUAUUUUGGUGAUAAAUUGUUUGCUCGUUAACUGAAUAACAUGAACCUCUAUAACAGAAGUGUGUUUUUUGUAGAAAAAAUGUGACCGUGCUCUAUUUUCCCUGGAUGAAGAAUCCCAUGUAACGUGGCCAAAUUAUACAACUGUAAAUGCACAAGUGACAUCCAGGGACGUGCAAAUGUAUUAUUUGCUCUUUUGGCUUAUAAUUUUAGUUUUUCUCUUAUUGCAGAAGUGUUUCCAAAGUAUAAUGUCUGUCUAGUCAUAUCCUUUGACCACCUCCUAUAACUUCAUUAAUGUUAUUUCAGUUAUUUUUAUAUAUAUAUAAAUAUGUAUACGUACACCAAGACAGCUAACGUAAUAUUUUUUUGUAUGUUUCUUAAUACUCAGCAGAGGGGUGUCUUAAUUCAUGGCCAGGAGCAGUCGUGCUCAUGAUAGAGAGGUUUCAGCAUGUUUGUCUGUAAGUUCCCCUCUGCUGGACAGUAUUUCAGCUGUUAGGACACGAGUCCAAAGCAAUUUUUGUUUUGUUUCUUAUGUUCUGCGUCUCUGUAUUUUUAAUUUUAUUUUUCAUUUGUAUUGUACAGUCUCUUAAUAAACUUGUGACGAUA